AGAGAAGACGAGGGGAUGAGGAAGGAAGAAUUGGUGAGGAAAACGAUGGCAUGCAUGCCUCUUAUCUCCACCCACCCCUCUCCUCCCCUCCAUCUUUGACGAGACCGAUCCAGUGGUUGAAGUAUUAUGCCCACCUAACUCUCUCCAUGCCACCACAAGCUGAUGUAUUUAACCCUUCGUUGUGCUCCUCUCUACCGCAGGGUUAUCUCACCUUCCUUACCUUCCACUUCCUCCCUUCUGGUCUUUCGUCGGAUCUCGUUCCGUGAUCGAUGGAGAUGGAGAACGGCGGCGUCCAUGCGAACGGCAGCCUGUGCAUCAGGACUGACCCGCUGAACUGGGGCGCCGCGGCGGAGGCCGUGACGGGGAGCCACCUCGAGGAGGUGAAGCGGAUGGUGGGGGAGUUCCGGCAGCCCCUGGUGCGACUCGAGGGCGCGACGCUCAAGAUCUCUCAGGUGGCCGCGGUCGCCACGGAGCCCCACUCGGCGGUUAGGGUGGAGCUGUCGGAGUCGGCGCGGGAGGGGGUGCGCGCCAGCAGCCAGUGGGUGAUGGACAGCAUGACCAAGGGCACCGACAGCUACGGUGUCACCACCGGCUUCGGCGCCACCUCUCACAGGCGCACCAAGCAAGGCGGCGCCCUGCAGCAGGAGCUUAUCAGAUUCCUCAAUGCCGGAAUAUUCGGCUCCGGGGCGGAGUCCGGGCACACGCUGCCGACCCCGGCGGCCAGGGCCGCCAUGCUCGUCCGCAUCAACACCCUUCUCCAGGGCUACUCCGGCAUACGGUUCGAAAUCCUGGAGGCCAUGGCCAGCCUCCUCAACAGUGGCAUCACCCCCUGCCUUCCCCUCCGUGGCACUAUCACUGCCUCGGGUGACCUCGUCCCCUUGUCCUACAUCGCCGGCCUGCUCACCGGCCGGGGAAACGCGAAGGCCCUCGCACCUGGGGGAGAGUGGGUCGACGCCGCGGAGGCCUUCCGCCGAGCUGGCAUCCCCCACGGGUUCUUCGAGCUGCAGCCCAAGGAGGGCCUCGCGAUGGUCAACGGCACCGCCGUCGGCUCCGGCCUCGCCUCCCUCGUCCUCUACGAGGUCAACGUGCUCGCCGUCCUCGCCGAGGCGCUGUCGGCGGUCUUUUGCGAGGUGAUGCAGGGGAAGCCGGAGUUCACCGACCACCUCACCCACAAGCUGAAGCACCACCCGGGCCAGAUCGAGGCCGCCGCUAUUAUGGAGCACAUCCUCGACGGCAGCUCCUACAUGAAGAUGGCCAAGAAGCUCCACGAGCAAGACCCACUGCAGAAGCCGAAGCAGGACCGCUACGCCCUCCGCACCUCCCCGCAGUGGCUCGGCCCCCAGAUCGAGGUCAUCCGCGCCUCCACCAAGUCCAUCGAGAGGGAGAUCAACUCCGUCAACGACAACCCCCUCAUCGACGUCUCCAGGAACAAGGCCCUCCACGGCGGCAACUUCCAGGGCACCCCCAUCGGUGUGUCGAUGGACAACACCCGUCUGGCCGUCGCCGCCAUCGGGAAGCUCAUGUUCGCGCAGUUCUCCGAGCUCGUCAACGACUUCUACAACAACGGCCUGCCCUCGAACCUCUCCGGUGGGCGCAACCCCAGCUUGGACUACGGCUUCAAGGGCGCCGAGAUCGCCAUGGCGGCGUACUGCUCUGAGCUCCAGUUCCUCGCCAACCCGGUGACCAACCACGUCCAGAGCGCCGAGCAGCACAACCAAGACGUCAACUCCUUGGGACUCAUCUCCUCGAGGAAGACGGCGGAAGCGGUCGACAUUCUAAAGCUCAUGUCCGCCACCUACUUGGUUGCUCUCUGCCAAGCCAUCGAUCUGAGGCACCUGGAGGAGAACCUCAAGCAUGCGGUCAAGAACACGGUGGGCCAAGUCGCCAAGAGGGUCCUGACCACGGGCGCCAACGGCGAGCUCCACCCCUCGCGCUUCUGCGAGAAGGACCUGAUCAUGGUCGUCGACAGGGAGAACGUCUUCAGCUACAUCGACGACCCCUGCAGCUCGACGUACGCUCUGAUGCCCAAGCUGAGGAUGGUCCUGGUGGAGCACGCUCUGAGCAAUGGCGAGAAGGAGAAGGACGCGACGACGUCCGUCUUCCAAAAGAUCACCGCCUUCGAGGAGGAGCUGAAGGCCGUCCUCCCCAAGGAAGUGGAGGCGGCGAGGGCCGCGGUCGAGGGCGGCAACGCGGCCAUCGCCAACAGGAUCAGGGAGUGCAGGUCGUACCCGUUGUAUCGGCUCGUCAGGGAGGAGCUCGGGGUUGCAUACCUCACCGGCGAGAAGGCGCGAUCCCCCGGAGAGGAGUUCGACAAGGUGUUCAUGGCUGUCAACGAAGGGUUGCUGAUCGAUCCGCUCCUCGAAUGCUUGAAGGAAUGGAACGGAGCUCCACUUCCCAUCUGCUAAGCGACAAGAUGGAAGUACUACUACUGCUUUGGAGUCGAUAUGCGUUGUCAAUCCAGUGAUGCAAGGUGUAUGUUGUAAUGCUGCAACGAUUUGUUAUUAUUUGUUUUCCCCUUCAUCAAGUUUAUAUAUACUUUUGUAAUGUAAGGAAAUGGAAGCAUGUUAAGCUUAGAAGCUUUUGCAUACAAUCAGGAAACAAUUACAAUA